GAGGGAAUGGCGGCGGCUCGGGCUGAGGGAGGCCGGCGUGGCCGGGUGGUUCUGGUCGUUGCCGCUCUCGGUGCCGUCCUUCUUCACGUGGAGUGCCCCCGCGCGUUACAGAGCGGCCCCCAGAGGCGCGUGCCCUGCGUGAAGGACCCGCUCCCGCCCCGCGUUCACCCGCGCACCGCAGCAGCGCCCCCUGGCUGCGGCGCGGGGAGCUGCAGGGGACGCUCGGGCAGCGCUCGGCUGGGCGGCGCUGGGGACAAAGGGGCAGCUCAGGCGUGGCAGCGCCGCGCUGCAUCCGGCCGCGGAGGAGGGGCUGCUGUCAGCGCGCACUUACCGCUUCCUAGCAAGAAAAGAGAGCUUAUUCGCCUGCCUGUUGUUUGCAGCUGUGUGCUGUGACAGGAGGUGGAAGUCACCUGUGGCAGGGAGCAGGCAAGGGCGAGCGGCAGCAGAGAGCUGGAGCAGGUGAAUCAUGUUCAGGAAGAGUUCACAAGACUAUAAAUGUAGCUGUUCGUUUCAAAAAGGGAAAUGAUAUAAAUAACUAAACUUACACAGAUAGAAGUGGUCCGUGGAAUUCGGUUUCAGUUCUGAACAGCCUGAUGACACACAGACACCCUGACCUUUUAAUAACCUUGGUUGAUUUUAAGUGGCGAUUUUGGUGCUUCCUCUGAUCAGCUUUGCACCUCAGUCAGAAACAUCUCAGUUCGUGUUUAUAGCGUCCUCUUUCAGAUCUGCUGCCAUUCUGUGCUCAAAGACUGCACGCUUUUUCCAGUGGGAUCGCUUCUGUUUCAAAGGAAAACAAAAUGGGGAACUGGAUCACAUGUACUCCAGUUACUGCUCACACAGCAGUGAAGUAGUAGUAUGGGAGAGUGUGUUCUCCUAAAGCAGCUGAAGUCGGAGGCUUACUGGCUAUGUAACGAUCGCCUUCCCUACUCUACUGGAAUUGGACUAAGAGGAACUCUGGUGAUUAGACUGUUACUCACACUUGUCAUCAUGUUGGCAGAAGGCAUCUUAACUAGGCUCAUAUAUAAAGAUAUCUGUCAUCAAGAUAAGCCUCACAAAUCUCAUGCAGCCAAAAAGGAUAAAGAGGGAAACUGGAGAGAGAAACUUGUAGACAACCCAAAAAUAAAAGGAUCUGAUGAUGGACUUGAGAAUCUGGACAAGAUCUCUGCUGAAAGUAACAAAAUGGAAAACAAGAAUGGUCUUCAGCAGAGAUCCACGAUAGAGUUACCUGCGAAGAAUCAAAAUACAGUGGUUAGAAGAACUCCAUCGCGAGCUUUGCACAUCCCCAAAAGAGAACAAAGUAAUGAGCAGAUGGAUUUGUGUCGAUCCCGGUCUUGCAACAGCAUUUAUCAAAACUACCCCGACUUACAUAUUGGGGGAGACCACGUGGGAGACCAUAUGUGUGAUUCAGGUUGUGUUUUGGACCAUGCGUGCGAUGAACUUUCUGAUGGCCCCGUUAUACUGUCUGUAGAUAUCCCUCUUGGUCAGUCCCCUCUGUGUGAGCAUCCGGAAAAGCCAGGUGUAAAUUUCCUGUCUGGAGAUGAAGCUGGAGAAAGGAGCAUGACGUUCUGUGAGGAGCCUCUUUCAAACUCUCUGCUCAACAACUAUAUGGAAGCAAAAGUGGCAGAGCUCUAUAAGCAGCUUUUUGAAGAAAUCUUGACCAGGUGUGGUUCUGUAAGAAACCUCCUCACUUGCAGUUUCAUAAGAAGUAACCUGGAUCAGAUAAGCUUUCAGAUAUCCCAGGAGCAGAAUAUAGAAACAUCAAAAGCCAGAGAAGUGCUCUUACAGUCUUUAGCUUUGUUUAGUUUGCGCAAUGCUACCAAUAGAAGUAGCUCUGAGUUCAGUACUCCAAAUUUGCAAAUCUCAAACCCAGCAGGUGUGAAAAAAGGCUGCAGGACAUGGCUUACAUCAUGUCCCAACUGCUCUGCUGAAGAGAUGAAUACGAGUCAGAUACCAGUGUUUCACUCUAAGGAUUAGAUUGGGAAAUGAAAGCAUGUAGGCACUGCAGACUUUUUCAAAUAUUUUAAUGCUUAAGCCAUACUUUGUCUAUGAUGAUCAUUAGCAGAGGAAGUAAAGGUCACUGUUUUCUUUUUUUCUCAUGCAGAAUUUGAAAUGCAUUAAUCUCUUAAAUGCUAUUUGAUUAACUUGUAAAAAUGUGCAUGACCUCCUUGUAAGACUCUGGCUGUAUGAGUAAUGUACUCACGUUUCAUAGGAUUUACUCCUGCAAGAAUAAUCAAUCAAGGCAGAAGUGCUGCUAAAACUUUUAUCUAAGAGACUGAUCCACCCACCUCUAAGAAAGAGUCAAAUGGUCUUUGCUGGACUUUGGCUUAGGCUAUAUAGUUGAAGCUCAAGUUUUUGAGCUUGAGUUCAAAUUUUGCUUUUGCAAAGCUUGAUCACAGUGGCUGAGAAAAUAUUUCUUUGGUUUGAAAAUCUUGUUAGCAGAUGGAGAUGUUCAGGACACUGAAUUAUUUUGUGUCUGGAAUCAUACACAGGAAAUGUAUCAACAUGAAACAUCAAUCAUGACACUCAUUGCAUAUGUAUGUUUAUGCUGCAUAGACAGAGUAUGUUACAAUGAAAAUCUAGGUGAGAAAGCAUCAAGAAUGUAAAAAUAUUUUCUAUAAAAAUGUUUUUCUUUUAAAUAAAGUCUUACCUGUGAUGAAAUCCA